AUGUCCGACUCGGCCUCUACCGACGAUGGAGGCAUUCCCGAUCGUGGUCCGGCCGUCUUUGCGGUCACGACGGCCACUCUUGUCCUCGCUACCGUCUUUGUCGCCGCACGAAUAGUCUCGCGGGCCUUCAUCGUUCGAAAUGUCACCUGGGAUGACCGCGUUAUGAUCCUCGCAUGGCUCUUCGCCUUUUUCCUCUCCUUCACUAUUUGCUUUGGCGUUCACAACGGCCUCGGACGACACGACGAAAACAUCGAUCCUCAACGAUUACCCGCCCUCCGUCGCUGCGAAUACGUCUUCUCUAUUUUGUACAAUCCCGCGUUGAUGGCUACGAAGACAUCCGUACUCAUAUUCUAUCUCCGAUUGGCCAAGCAUACUCAAAGGGUACUUCGAUUUGCUUCUUGGUUGACCCUUGCCGUUGUCAACAUUGCUGGCAUUAUUCUCACUUUUAUGAACGUGUUUCAAUGCCGUCCGACACAAGCUGCCUGGGAUAUAAAAUACGACGACCGCCCAAGUGCAAAAUGCAUUCCGCUGCUCACCGAGUUUAUCUGCUCCUCUCCUGUUAACAUCGUUACGGACCUGGCUAUUCUCGCUCUGCCUAUUCCUGUCCUUACGGGGAUGCGCCUACCUUCUCGACAAAAGACAAUCCUGGUUUUGACCUUCACCGUCGGUAUCUUCGUUACGGUUGUCGAUGUAGUAAGAAUCUACUAUCUGCAGCAAGCUAUUACGGCACCCACCAGUACGACUUCCGAUCCUCAAUCGCGUUUCGGUGGACAAACUGAUUUUGCGUGGAAUGCGUCGAGAUCACUCAUGUGGAGUGCUGUUGAGGUCAACGUUGGAAUGAUGUGCGCUUGUGUACCGACGCUGAAGCCUCUGGUCCUCAAGCUGCUUCCUGCUAUGCUCUACGAUCCCGACGGAACCCGAGCCAGCACACCUAAGGGACCCAACGAUUCGGAUUCACCGUCAACAGGCCAUCGUGCCAGCAUCCAGCAGCCACCGCCGGUUGCGCAACUCAAUGCGCAAACUAAUGCGCAAUCCCCGCUCAAUGCCAAUGCGCCCAUGAGCGCUAUGGAAUUUCUAACUACGCCGUUCGAUGAACCAGGCCCAACUCGUCCUGGACAACGUGCCGCUCAGAGUAAUGGGACGUAUCAAACAACGACGACCAUGACAUCUUCUACUGGAACCGUUGAGGGUGUCUACUUUGGUUUUGUCAACAUGUCAAAACCCAAGAGUAUGCUCAAGUGCAACAAGAAGGAGUCUUUCAAGUAUUGCACGAUUGUCUCCAUCUUGUUUCUAUUAUGGGGUAUAUCAUAUGGUCUGCUGAAUACGUUGAACAACGUCAUUGCGACCGUUGACAACAUGACUACUGCUGAAACACUUGGCAUGACGUCCAUUUACUUUGGUGGUGGUUACUUUUUCGGACCCCUGCUAGUGGGCGAAUGGAUUCUGAGGCGUGACGAACACAACCGAUCGAAACGGCACAAGGCUAACGGCCACGACAGUGUUGGUGGUUUCAAAGUUACUUUUAUCGUGGGUCUAUGUUUUUACGGUAUUGGAACUGUUAUCUUCUGGCCUUCGGCUGUCACCCAAUCCUACGCUGGAUUCAUGCUGAGCAAUUUCGUCGUUGGUUUUGGUCUUUCAAUCCUUGAAGUUGGCGCAAAUGCCUUCUUAAUACUCUGCGGACCUCCUGAAUAUGGCGAAACUCGCGUGCUCAUGGCCCAGGGCAUCCAAGGCAUCGGCAGUGUCCUCAGCGGUCUCUUGGCCCAAAAGGUCUUUUUCAAGGGCAUCGUUGAGCAAAACAACGCUACCAGUAUGACACUUAUCAACGUCCAAUGGACGUAUUUGGGAAUUACGCUUCUUUGCGUUGCUCUCGGUCUCUUCUUUUACUACAUGCCUCUUCCAGAAGUGAGCGAUCGCGAGCUAGAACAAUCCGCCACGCAUCUUCCCAUGGAUCCCCAGAAGAAAAGAAACGGCCUACAGCUCCGUACCUGGAGCUUAAUUCUGGCUGUCCUUGCCCAAUACACCUACGUUGCUGCCCAGGAGUGUUUCAGCAUCUAUUUUCGAAGCCUCAUGAUCUCCAUACUUCCUAACCACCCCACCAGCGGCGAGGAUGCCGCGCAGGGUGCCAGCGACAAUCCCGAUCCCGACAAACCGUCCGGCAUCAGCCUCUCGAUACCCGAUUACCUCCUUAUUGCGCAUACCGCCUUUGCGGUUUCUCGCUUCAUGGCAGCAGGUCUCACAUACCUCUCCGUAUACCGCUCCCGCUUCCCCCGGCCUCGCACCAUUCUCACCGCCUGCAUCGCUGGGUGUUUCCUCUUCGCCCUUCUUCCUGUGGUUGUCCGCCCACCCAACCCUAACCUUCUUGUUAUCCCGAUUGUCCUCUUCUAUUUCUUCGAGGGUCCCAUAUAUCCCCUCGUUUUCGCUAUUGGCCUUCGCGGCCAGGGCCGACGCACCAAGCGUGCUGCCGCCUUUAUCACCAUGGGUAGCUCCGGCCCUGGAUUCUUCCCUUUUGUCAUGUACGGCAUCAUCAAGCACGGAGGAACUGUCAAGACGGCUUUCAUUGUCGUCAUCGUCCUCCAAGCCGUCGCUAUGUCCUACUCGAUCUUCCUCCAGUCCGUUCGCGAUGUGAAGCGAAUGGUAGACCCUUGCCCUGCUGUGCGAGAUGCUCUCGGUCAGCUGGACGAAGAGAUGCCUUCGCCCAUGGAGACUGUGAUCGCAGAUCGGGCCCGUCGGCACAGUACAGCCAAAGCCAAAAACCAAGGAUUAUUGGGGAAGGUGUCUCAAGGCACUAGAGUUAUAGGUGCCAAGUUUCUCAGCUCUCGUCGCCGCUCUUCGCAGCCAUCGAUACAACAAUGCGAGGACAGCCGCGAUAACGCACCACUUUAA